GCUUGCCCCUCCCUGCUCAGGGCUCUUUUACACACAAGCAAACCCAGCUUCUGUUAUGGCAGGGGCUGCACAUUGGCAUUUACCAAACAGCCGCGGCAUGCCACUCUCCCUGACAGCACCUCCCCGCCUCCUCAGGAGACAGACAGACAGGCUGAACUGAGCUGAGAGCAGACUGUAGUGGACUGUCUGACACACACGCCCUCAGACAAAGUGGAGAAACCAGCUGAACACAUGUCACCAGAUACCAAAAGACCCACCAGAUAACGUGGCAGCAAGUUUGUUUGGACAGCUGAAGACAAAAAAGUGAUGGAAAGACAAAAUGGAGGUAUCUUGUCCCAUAAAACAACAGAGAAUGGAAUUAAAGGGAAGCCCCCGUACUCAGUGGAAACUCCUUAUGGCUUUCGACUGGACCUGGACUUCCUAAAAUACGUAGAUGACAUCGAGAAAGGCAACACAAUCAAAAGAGUCCCCAUCCAGCGCCGAAGCAAAGGCCCGAGAGCCAGCACUCUACCCAGGCACCUCAACCCUUCUGGGUGUGCCUACCGCCCGAGUGCCUGGGGAUCUACUGGAGCUCUUGGCCCCAGGUCCCGACUGUCAGACGCCCAUCACCAUGGCUACACUUUCUGGGCAAAUGAUAACAGGUCGCAACUUUCUCCCACUGGGCUUAAAUCCCUUGCAGAGAUGGAGGCCAGAAUCAAGGAGUUUGAUGAGCAACCACUUGGCGAGCACAUCAGACCUCAUCUUCUCCGAGCCUCCAGUCUGCCGCUCACAGUUUUACUGAGACAGGGAUCAGAGUCCACAGAUGAACCCGGGAGCCUCCGGAGCUCGAGGGAUCACCUUGGAGGGAGAAAUGCCUCAUGUGAAGACGUCUUCGACUCCUCAGAGAGCCCUAGACCCCAGGACUGCUCAGGGCUGUUGAGGCGCCUGACCGAGGCCCUUGAGCGUGUGGGGGAGCUGGAGAUGGAGGUGAGGGUGAUUCCAGAGCUAAGGGCGCAUAUCUGCAUCCUCCAGGAGGAAAGAGAAAGGCUGCGCCUGGGCCUGAAUCCACGUAUUCCACCCCCAUCUAUGAAUGGAACCACAGACCCUUGCAGCUCAUCCCACUACAGCACAGUGGACACUAAAAGGCCACGGCAUGAAAGUCAUAUAAUGUUUCCCAGAAAUCACCACGUCAGUCAAGAUGACUCUAAUCCCACACACGAGUGGAGGACUAGUACAGAUCUGGACGAGCUGCUGACGGUGACGUCCCUGCAGGCUAAGGUAGCUGUGCUGGAGCAGAAGCUCCAUGAAACUGGCCUGGAGCUGCAGAGGGCCUUAGGGCUGCUGAGGGAGCAGCAGGAGGAGAGCAGAAGGAAAGAUGAGAAGAUGGAGCACCUUAUUAAGAAUCCUGCUGUGUGGGUCCGUGCAGAGAGAGUGGUGGUAGACCAGGACGGAGAUGACACGGUGGUGAGAUCCAUUGAACCAUAUAAUAAAGUGUCAAGAAGUUCAGUUGCAAGGACUGUCACCAUGAACGGACAAGGAAGUCGACAAGAAGACCGUGUAGAAUCUUUGGAACCUUCAGAUGAAACAGCCGAGGUCGUCCACCACAUACAGAAGAUCAAGAGGCUCCUGCAGGAGCAGUGGGAGUGUUUGUGUGCAGACCAGGAGUCAGGAGAGGAGGGUAAAUCUCUACAGCACCCAGACCCCAAAGUCAACUCCCUGCAGCAGGAGAUGAUGGGACUUGUUGACUUCCUCGGCUCCUACUACACCAAGCAGGGACACAGUGAUGGAGAAAGGAUUCAAUAUGGAGCCUCUAAAUCCAUCACAAGGACAGACGGAUGCACCCGGACGUCAAAAAGCCUACAUUCUGUGGGUGUUAAUGAAGGACACAAAAGUGGAAAUCUGGUUGGGCAGGACCAGAGUGAACAGAAGGAGAGCAGCAUCAGCCCUACGGAGAUGGCUGCUGCCCAGGUGGAUGCAGACCCAAAGACGAGACGGAUGGAGGGAGCGAGGCAAACGAGCCCAGACGGACAGAUGAUAUCAGGAGGAGCAGGAUCAGGGUGGACAGAUGGAGGCGUAGCGUCUGUGGAAGCUGAGAAAACGGCCAAGACGAAACCACAGCCCCCAGCAGAACAGAUGGAGGGGAGCUCUGGCUCAGAAAGCACCACCGGGGGCAGAGAGACAGUUGGUGCAGAUUUUCUGACUGCUUGUCAGUUCCUCCAAGAUCACAUGGACAACAUGGAAAACCCCAACGAUAACAUGAGGAAGGCCCUGAUCGUGUUGUUUCAGCACUGGUUCACUGCAGCAGCAGAGGAGACUUCAGAGGCCAGCAGGGUGGCUAUGUACCUGAGAGAGGUGAAGAAGACCACGCCCUCACUGCUGGCCUUCUUGAUCAACCUGGCUGACGAUAAUGGCAACACAGUGUUGCAUUACAGUGUGUCCCACUGCAACUACGGCAUCGUCAGCCUGUUACUGGACACAGGUGUGAGUGAUGCGAACUUUCAGAACAACGCCGGCUACACAGCCGUGAUGCUGGCCUCACUGACAGCACCUGAUGGUCCAGGUGGCAUGGAGGUGGUCCGCAAGCUAAUGGAGCUGGGCAACAUUAACAUUCGCUCCAGCCAGACGGGCCAAACAGCUCUGCACUUGGCAGUGAGGCACGGGCGAGUUGUGAUGGUUCGCCUGCUGCUGAGCUGUGGCGCCGACACAAACAUCCAGGACAACCAGGGAACCACGGCCCUGAUGUUCGCAUCUGAGAGGGGCCACACACACAUUGCAAGGCUGCUGCUGGAGAGGAGCCAGUGUGACCUCACCCUGACUGAUAAGCGCGGUCAAACUGCUCUCUCUAUCGCCAUGCAAGGUUCCCACACUGAUACAGCCGCCCUCCUGCAGGCUCACGCUAAAGCCCGAGCUUUGUAGUGCUGGAAAACUGGAAAAGAAUCUGCAGACAUAUGAUCCUCUCACAUCUGCUCUUUUCUAUCUGAAGAAAAACCUGACACCAGGUUUAAAGCUAACGCCAUGUGCUUGGGUUGAGCUGUUGCUGCCAUAUUGUUUUAAAAUCCUGUACGUCUGCACGAGCAUUAGCUUGAGUUCUGGAUGGGAUUAGAUCGUUGCAACAAGACUCACUGACGAGUGAGGUAAAGCUUAGAUGUGUUUGUCAUGAUUGCUGGAGCAGUAUACAAUAACUGUCUUUACUGUUGAUGUGAAGACAUCAUAGUUAUGUCUGAUCUUUGCACAUUCAAAUAGAGUGCUCCAGGGAUGACGUUAGCUUAGCAUUGCACUGGUUCCCUCAUCAAAAAGCCUAUGGAAUUUUUCCAUUGGAUUUUGGAUUGCCAAAAAAAAGAUCUAUGACAAACAAAGGUUUAUAAUUCUUACAAGUUUUGUUCAGCAAGAUAAUUGAACACCACUUUCAUGAUUAUUGGAGCCUAAAUGCAAUCGCCAGACCUACAGUGAGCUACAAACGAACUACAUGACCUAACGUCACCAACAUAACAAGACUGUAAAACCAUGUUCAGCACAUCUUGGAGUGAUGAUGUUCUGUAGUCUUAAUUAGCCACUUGUUAGCAACCGCUGUUUGUCACACUCAGGUGUGCACCACAACAACCGGACCAAGACCUUCUUGAAGAGGUGGUCUCGGUCCGGUUACAAACGAACUCUGGUGCGGUUUGUUUGUGGUGAGAACGUGGUCCGACCUGGAUCUGAACCAACUGCAGUCACAUGACACAUUGUUUGGGUUAAACAUGAGCAUGUUACAGUCCUGGAGGAUUAUUAUUGUGCACCUCCUCCUGUACUGCCUUAAUAUGCACAUUCAGCACAUCCAAUGCAUCAAAAUAUUGUUUUCUAGUUGGAGCCGCGCCUCGUUUUCAAACUGUAUGGUUUGACUAAAAUGAACAAUGACAGCAAUAUAGUCCACGAUGAGCAGCGCUAAAAUCAACCUGCGUAGUUGUCCCUCCAUUGUGACAUUAGAAAGUGUCACAUUUAUCUUGCAAGUGUACUCUUCUUCAACGUUUUGAAGAAGAGUACACUUCUUCAACUUCCUGGAUUUUUCCCACAUGGGAAUUCUGACCAAUCAAGCGCAGCUUUCUCACACAAGGCAUUUGAUCUGGUCCGCUUGUAAAUGCUGCCAUGAGAACACAAACCAACUCUAGGCAAUUAUGCAACUUUGUAACAUAAUUAGCCCGAUUCAUACCAAAGCGAGACAGCUCUAGGUUUGAAAGCACCCUAAGACACAUAGAUGCUAUAGAGUUCAUGAGUUAAGUAUUUGCUGAUGUAUUUUAUGUCCUAAAACAAAACGUGAAAGUCUCUUAACCUUGUGUUAACCACAGACCUUAUUUUAGGCAUCUAACCAAAAACCCAUUCGAAAAACCCAUCGACAUUAAGACGAGGGAACCUGGAGUGCAAACCUGCUAACUCAUUUCUGGGUUUUAAGACUCUUGCUGGGGCACUAGGAGCUUAGCUUUGCAAACUAUGCAAUUAAAAUAUUUAUUUUGUUUAAUGCAUUGGUCACAUGAAUAUGUUGACAAUGAUCCAAAGGUGUUGUUUUAUGUUUUUUUUUGAAAAUGACAGAUUGCUAUUUGAAUUCUUGCAGCACUUUUUAAAUAAAAUGUGUGUAAAAUAUAUAAAGAAAAAAAAAUACAUGCUGCAUGCCAAGCGCAUGAAAUAAAGACAUUUUUUGGUGCCAAUAAACCAACCUGUUGAUUUCACUCACUA